CUGUUCUUCUGUCUUCCUAAGCCAGGAGCUGCCCCAGGAGCUAACCGAGAGACCACCGUCUACAGAUUCCCGGUCACCCACGGCGAGCGCAAAGUACCAGCUGUGAUGACUCAAGACGAGGCGGCGGCGGCGGCGGCGGGCAAGGAGAACGCAGAGGCCGACGACCCGGGUCUGAUUAUGGCGAUCCUGAGCUCCCCGCUCAACCUGAUGCUGCUGGGCCUUUGCUGCUACCUCCUCUACAAGAUAAUCCGGGGGGAUCGGCCCCAGCCCAUCCAGAGCAGAGACGACGAAGACGGGCCGCCGCUGCCCAAGCUCAAGCGCCGCGAUUUCACCCUGGAAGAACUGCGCCCUUUCGACGGCGUCCAGAACGAGCGUAUCCUCAUGGCCAUUAACGGGAAGGUCUUCGACGUGUCUCGCGCCAGGAAGUUUUACGGGCCGGAUGGUCCUUAUGGGAUUUUUGGUGGAAGGGAUGCAUCCAGAGGCCUUGCCACCUUCUGCCUGGAUAGAGAGAUUCUGAAGGAGGGACAUGAUGAUCUUUCUGAUCUUGAUGCCACGCAGAGAGAGACCCUGAGCGACUGGGAACAACAGUUCCAAUUUAAAUACCACUACGUGGGCAAGCUGCUGAAGGAUGGGGAAGAGCACACUGUAUAUUCAGAUGAUGAAGAAAAAACCAAUGAAGAAAAACCCAAGGAUGCUCAGGAUCGGAAGAAUGAUUAGUGAAGAACCAUCUUGAAAUCGUUAGGGUUUCUUUUUUUAAAUCUUGCAUUCUGAUUUUCUCUGAGUCUAAACACCAGUUCUGGUUUUAGAAAUAGUAUGUGAAUUAUCUUUAAUUAAACACAUUUUAAUCUACAUUCCUACAUAACCUUGCCAAUUCAGCACUAAACUUCUUAAAUUAAAGAUAAUGUGAUACAAAUUUAGCAAUGGGGUUACAACAGAACCCAGUUCUUUGGUAAACAAAGGGGGCAGGCACCCAAUUCCUGAUUCUGUGCAGUUUCCAUACAUUUAAUGGUGCUUCCCAAAAGGCCUCCAGCUUGGUUGAUAGCGAAUGGCAGGUACAAUGGUACCUCUGGUUACGUACUUAAUUCGUUCUGGAGAUCC